AUGCUAACUAAAAAAACUCUUUCUGACUUUCCCGUUUCGUUGCCUUCUCUUGAAAAACAAAGGAAAAUUCUCACCCAAUUUCAAGUUGUCUAUAAUCAAAUAUUCGUUAGCGAAGUUCAUUAUCAAGAUAAUCUGCAAAAAAUAAUUCAAAAACAUUUAAAAAUUGGCGACUUGCUUUUCCAAAAACACCGUGAUUCCACUAUCCAAAUUAGAGACCAAUUUCAAUUAAUUUGUGGUCGAACUCCCCCUUCUAAGGAAGAACGUUCUUUAAAGAAAAAAAAUGUUCCAUUAGAGGUAAUUCGUAAUCAUCCUCACCGACGAGCCAAAACUAAUUAUUUUCUGGCCAUUUUUCGGCUUCGUCAUAGUAUCAGUAAGGCCAUUCAUGAUUUUUUUCACCAGGAGGGAUUUUAUUAUGUCCCAACGCCAAUUAUUACUAGCAAUGAUACCGAGGGAACAGGAGGAUUAUUCAACAUCAACACCAACGAGGAAGAACCGUUUUUCUCUAAGCCAGUUAAUUUAACCGUCAGCGGACAACUCCACGCCGAAGCUUUAGCCCAAGGACUAGGACAAGUUUACACUUUCGGUCCUUGCUUUCGGGCCGACCCUUCCCAAACUACUCGGCAUUUAGCCGAGUUUUGGAUGGUCGAAGCCGAAGCAACUUGGACCGAUUUAACCCAAAUUACGGAUUUAGCCGAAAAAUUGAUUAAAUACACGAUAAAUUAUGUUCUGGCUAAUAAUAACACAGAAUUAGCAUAUUUCGAAAAAUUUCAGCAAAAACCAAUAAUCGCAAAGUUAAAAAAUAUUGUCAGCACCAAAUUUCGGCAUCUUAAUUACGAGGAAGGCCUUAGAAUAUUAACCGAAGCUCAAAAUAAUUUCCAGCAAAAAAAUAUUUUUUUUGGCGUGGAUUUCCAAGCCGAACAUGAAAAAUAUUUGUGCCGCCAUUUUGGCAACCAACCCCUUUUUAUCCUCAACUAUCCUGAAAAAUUAAAACCUUUUUACAUGAAAAAUAAUCCGGAUGGGAAAACCGUGGCUUGUUUCGACUUAAUUUUUCCCGAAAUUGGAGAAUUAAUUGGUGGGAGUGGGCGAGAAGACAAUUACCAAAUCUUAGUCGAUAAGGCUUAUCAAAACAGUCUAGACGUAGAUAAUUUAAGUUGA